AUGCGUACGCGUCGCAGGCCUGCCUUGAAAGAUAAAACACCCGGAAACACCCCGCAGAAGCCCAAGCCGACCUCCGCGAAGCCACUGAAGAAGCCAAAGACCGUGCCCGUUGUCGAGAUCAAGGUCCGCCCCCGGCGGGGAAAACAGAAACAGCCUGAGGACGAGGAGAAGGAUGGACGCAUGGAUGCCGUCGAAGAGCGAGGGGACGAGGUCACCGACGCGUCGCCACCCGCCACAGCGCUCUCGAGCGCGGCAGAAGUCCGUGCGCAUCUCGAGGAGACGAAAGAGGACAAAACGAAUGCGAGGUCAACCCGUCUCAGAAGCCGCACGACGCGCAAGGACGCCCAACUGAAGGCAUCCUCAGACGCGGAGGACGCGGAGAACGGGCCGCCCCCGCGUGAUCUGGGCGCACAGGCCCUCCGAGUCCUGCCCCCGCCCGACACCCCGACGGUCGCGCGCGUCCCGCUCCGCCCUGCCCGCCACGUACCAGUUCCUGCGGCAGCCGCCACCCGCGCUCACGUCGACGCCCAACAUCCCCACACACACUCGCACAUCCCGGCGCACGCCCCCACCCCUCUGAGCCCACGCCCUGCAACACCCGAAUCAAUUCCCAUCGCAGAUGACGACAGCACCGCGUCGGACGCGGUCCGCGCGAUUCUUGCGACACCAUCGCCUGCGCGACUGGUACGCCCACCCAUCGGCGCACAGGCGACGCCCCUCGGGAAGCUCCCGCCCCUCGCGGAGUCGUUCAAACCAUUUUACGUCCGCGGCCGACACGAGAACAGCAUCCGCAAGUGGACCGCGAAGGUCGUGGGUGGCGCGAGCGCGGGCCCACACUCGCCGCUCCCGCCGUCGAGCCCUGUCGUAGCGUCCAGCUCGCAGCAGGUGGCGCUGCCGCCACCGGUGCGGUACCGUGGGAGUUGGACGGGCGAGGCACGGACGGAAGCGAUCUAUGCAGAGAGAAAGGAGAGCGACGAGAGCGACGAGGAUGAUCCAUUCGGGCUUCUGGCCACAACGACCAAGGGGAAGGCGCAGGCGACGAAGACGACCGUACCGUGGUGGAUGCCGUCGGCGGCGCUCGUGCCCAAGAAGGUGCCUACGCCGCUUCCGUCGGACGACAGCCAGUUCGACGACAAUGACUUGUACCUGGACGUCGACCCUGCACCCCCAACCAGCCGCCUCGAGUUCGGAGGGGAUGAGGAAGACAUGGAGGAAAACGGAGACAAGGAGAACGAGCCGGACUGGCUCCAGUUCGACGACACGGAGAAUGCCGCCCUGGACGUCGAGGAAGAGAACGAUGAGAACGCUCCGCCACCACCCCCGCCUAACGACCCCCACGCGGCCGCGAACACCUCCGCGCCGCUCCUCGCGCGUCCCGAGGCGCUCGCGCUCCUGCUCGCCGAACCGUCACCGUCGCCGACGUCCUCAGAAGAGCGCACCCCGUCGACGCCGCACAAGCUGCACGUGCACCAGCAUCCGCCGCUCCCGUCCCCCGCGUUCUCGGCCUCGCCGUCGGACGAAGGACUCGACCUCGCGGAAUGGGAGACGCACCGGACCCGCCCCCGCCCCCGCCCCCCCCUGCCCCACGCCGGUCCGUCGAUCGUGCGCCCCGCGGUGCGCCAGCCGCUCGCGACGCUCGAGCUCGAGCCCGAAGAGCCCCCGUCCCCCGUCGAGCGCGAGGAGAAGGAGAGCGGGCCGAGCGCACAGAGCUCCGACUCGGACCCGCGCAACGCGGUGCGGCGGCUCGAGGCGCUCCUGCCCAAGCGGAGCAAGACGCGCGCGGGCGACACCGCGUCGUCAAGCCCGUCGACGGCGGGCGAAGAGGAGGGACAACGCGAAGGCGAAGGAGAAGCGAAGGCGAAGGUGCGGGAGACGCGGAAGAGCGCGCGGGCAGGCCCGAGCACGGUCACCCGUGGGAGGAAGGAGAACGUGUCGGUCGUGCUCAAGGGCAAGGGCAAAGAGCGCGAGAGGGAGGUCAGCGUGGAGGAGAGCACGAGCGCGGACGGGGAGUCGGGCAGCGACGACACGUCGCCGCCGCGACCGCCUCCGGCCGGCGUCGAAGGGCAAGGGAAGGCGCGUGAGGAGGAGAUUGACCCGGAGGAGGACGAGGAGCGUGCGCGGAAGCGUCAAGAACGCCUGGAAUACUUCCGCAAGCUGGACGGAUACAGCCUCGAGAAAGAGGACGUGUACGUGGUCUAA